CUAAUUUGAUUGGACAUAUCAUGCGAAUUGACCAAUGAUAUUGGUUGUAUCAUGCAUACGAAAAAGAGCGUCUCGUUGCCAUGACGUCAUCUAAACAAGGACAGUAAUGGCCACCACCAUAAACAUUUUCAUCGAAUUGUGAUUUUUAAAAGAUUGGCCAAGAUGGCAGACCAAGAAUUUCCAGAUCAAGAUCUCACAGAUGAAACACAAGAUCAACCUGAUGAUGGCAGAGGAGAAGACCCCGUACCUAAGGCAGAUGAUCAAACAGAAGGGAAAAACCAGGAAGUGACAGAAGAAGGUAGAGAAACUGAAACCCCAAGAGUUGAAGACACCCAAAAGGAGGCUGUAGUAGCAGAAGGUGAAACAACUGCAGAAGACCCCACAGAACCGAUCAAUGAAGAUGACACGCAUGAAGAUGAACCUGUUCAGCAUAAGACCAAGGGGCCGGAGCACCUUGCCCCAGCACCCUCGCCUGUUCAGGCCCACCAGGGCAUGGAGACAGAGAAGACUGCUGAGCCCGAGCCCGAUGUUGACCCCACCGCUCAGACACCUAGGUCAAAGGUCAAUCUUGAGGCUACAGCUACGGUGAAGUUUGUCUUGAUGCCAAGUGGUCAAGUGGUCACCCAGGCGUGUGUACUUGGCCAAACUCUGGAGCAGUUGAAGCAGCACUUCAGCACAGAGCUCAAGAUGCCCGUCAACCUCAUUCUGCUCAUGUUCGAUGGUAAAACAAUGACAGACUCUAUGACCCUAGCUGACCUGGGGGUGGGGCCCAAUGGGACGAUUCAGUUGGAGCUGCAGUCAGCUGACCCUGUGAACACGCCAAUCAAGGCUUACCGACCCCGCCAGGAAUAUCACAUGCCAGACGUGAUCACAGUUCGGGUACAAGCUGAAGAUAGCACCUACAAAGAUGUUGUGGUUGAAAUCGAGCGUACGACCCGCAAGAAGCCAUUUCUCGGGGGUUAUCGACACAAGAAGACUUCUGUGGAAUAUCACCACGCGUCUGCACAAACCAUGCAGAAACCUAGAGCGCCCUCUGGUGUGGAGAGAAACUGCCGCGACACUCAGACUGUGGAGCAACACCAUCGACCCCAGCAGACGACAAACGACAUGGCGACUCAGAUGACUGCAAUCGGGGUGUUCAUUUCCAACAUGGAGGACAAGUUGGUGCGGCCGAAAAAAUACACUACAGCUGACGAGUACCAUGCUAUGAUACUUACUCAGGUUAUAAUCUUACAAAAAUACUACAGACGUUGGUUAGCAAAACGCUACGUGGCUAAAUUAAAAGAGGACAAGCGAAAACGGCUCGAAUUUGAAAGGCUGGAAGAGAUUCGCAAAAAGAAAGAGAAAGCCGACAGAAUCAAGAAAGAGUUUGAGAGGAGGAUGAAUCCCAAGAACAAAGAAGACUUUGAUCUGUUGUACCACGCUUUGGAAAAAUGGCGCUUGGAGGAGUUGGAACGUAUCAACACGACACUGUCUGGCGCUGAGCGGAAGGCCGCUCUUUGCAUGCUACUCGACCAGGAGACCCAGCUGAUCGCUGCCAUUGGACGGCACAAGAUCGAGGCAGACGGGGAGAACAAGGACAUGAGGAUACAAGACUUCCUUGAUAAGGCAGCAGCCCCCAAGAGGUGGAAGGGGUUUGACGGCAAGGCUACAGAGAUGGAUACCCCGUUCACCAUUCGAGCCAAGGAACUGCGCGACAUCUACAACAGCAUCAACAUGAAGUACCUGACACAGGAUGAAAGAUUAGAUGUUCUUCUUACGCUUAAACAUACUGUAAAGGAGCACGACUGCAAGCUCACACAGGAGAUAAUAGAGCUCAUAGAUCGAGAGGCAGACCUGUUGAUGAGAGGCGUGAAGGAAUCCAACCUGGAUGGUCUGCGCAAGAGAAUAUCCACCCUCUUCCUUCAGUACAUCAAAACACCCACAUUCAACCCGGAGGCAGCAAAGUUACUCAAGGUUCCACAAGAUCCAUCUGUACUUCGGAAGAACAUCUACUUCUGCCCGAGCUGCAACAGUUACCUCCCUUCAACAGAUUUCGCCAUUUCCUCUAACUCUCGUUCCGUGGGCAAGUGUCGCCGAUGCGAGAAGAUCGACAACGAUGCUAGAAUACGUCAGGAUUACAGCCACUAUCGCUACAUGCUUAAACAGCUCAGAAAGGCAGAGGAGCAUUAUGGCGACGGUUCAAAGAUUGCCUUCUUGUUACAGGAGCAUGACCUGCGCUACCUGGUGGACAAGGUGUGGGGCGGUCAGAGCAUCCUGAGCGCGUGGGACGACCUGUUUGACCUCACGAUGGUGCGCUGGAACAAGCACGAGGAGUGGUCCCCCUGGAACUGUAUCCUGCUCACCAAGGACGAGGCUGCCUCGCAUGACAAGCUGGUCAAUUUGGAGGAGGGUUACGGUAAAGUGUUCAUGCAGAAGGUGCAACAGAAGCAUGUGUUGGCCCGGAACUACUUCUCUCGCCUGCCUGGCAUGGCCGAACACGUUCGUGAACGUGCCAACGAGAGAGACACGCGCUCAGGCCCCUCCAUACAGGGACAGGCAGUCUCUGUACAAUGAACACACAACAUCUCAUUGAACAAGAAUACCCAUCCAUGUUGAGUUAAAAAAAAAAAGUUUUUAUUUUUUUUUUAAAUAACCAAAACAAAAAUAUUUUAAAUAAAUUUAUGUACACAAAUAAUCAAUUUAUUAUUUAACUGGUUUGUUAGGGUUGCAUUUAAAUUUGCCAUGACCUUAAAAAGCACAAACUCUCAAGUUUAUGGUUUAAUUUGGUCAUGUGUGUUCUGUACAUGGAAGUAAUCAUGUUUUUAAUAAGGAACAUUGAACAUUUUUAUUGUUUUUAGUUAUGUGACUGUGAUAUAGUUGAUAAUAAAUUGCAUGCUUUAUAGAUACAUAUAAAAAUGAAAAUACAACUGUGUAAAAUUGUAA